AUGACUGAAGUGUCCUCAACCCGCCUUUAUCUUGGGAAUCUUCCCCGCAACGUGACCAAAAGCGACAUCGAGGAACACUUCAGCAGCCAUGGCUCCGGUAAGAUCACGGAGAUCAAGUUGAUGAACGGUUUCGGCUUCAUCGAAUACGACGACCAGCUGGAUGCCAGAGAUAUUGUGCCCGCGUUCCGUAUGCCCCCCAUGACUUGUCCACCGAAUGACCUCCCGCUUAUCAAUACCACAGAUGGCAGUGACUUCAAAGGCGAGCGACUCACCGUGCAGUUUGCGCGCGGUCCUCGCCGCAAGGAGGCCUUCCCGGGACCGCCAGACCGCAAUGCUCUCCCUCGUCCACGUCGCACUAUGUUCCGCAUGCAGAUUUCCGGUCUUCCAGAAACAAGUUGGCAGGACUUGAAAGACUUCGCCCGUCAGUCUGGACUGGACGUUGUUUACUCUGAGACUGGCCGCGAGCAGGGCAAAGGGUUUGUUGAAUUUGAAACCGCCAACGACCUGAAAACCGCCGUGGAGAAACUGGACCAGCGAGAGUUCAAGGGCUCCGUCGUAUCUUGUGUCGCCGAUAUUCAGAACUUUGAGGAACGCCCCGUUCGUGACCCAUACCGGUCUCGUUCCCCACCACGUCGCCCUUACCCUGCCACCAUGGAGGAGUACGACCGCCGGAUCCCUCCCCCACGUGGCUACAGUCCUCGGGAGCACUACCGUGAGCGGUCGCCGAUUCCUAUCCGCCGCGACCCCUACUAUGAACGGGAUGGCUAUGCCCGCCGGACUCCCCCUCGCCCUCGGAUGGAAGACUACCCACCCCCACGUCGUCCUUACGAGGACCCCUAUGAGGCCCGGCCUCCCCCACCUCCCCGCCACUAUGAUGAUCCCUACCUAGCUGCCCGGGGUUAUGGUCGUCCUCGCUCUCCGCCGAGAGGCGAGUAUGUGCCUUACGACCGUCCUCGCUACUGGUAG